UUUUGUAAAGCAGUCCAAAAACGCACAGCAAUGUUUGAGACCAGUCAAGAUGACCUGUUUCUGUUCCCUACUGAAGGCCUGAAUGAGGCUUUCUUCCCUGAGGCAGAGGGUUUAGGGCGAGGGAGCCUGUCCCUUGCCGAGGCUUUGCUUCCCCUGGUUGAGUCUCCAUCAUCCCCUCCGAUGACCCCCUGGCUCUGCUCCACCCGCUACAAGACCGAACUGUGCAGCCGCUAUGCUGAGACGGGUACCUGCAAGUAUGCCGAACGCUGCCAGUUUGCCCACGGCCUUCACGAUCUCCACGUACCCUCCCGCCACCCCAAGUACAAAACCGAGCUGUGUCGUACCUACCACACCGCCGGCUACUGCGUUUAUGGCACGCGUUGUCUGUUUGUGCACAACCUUAAAGAGCAAAGGCCCGUCCGUCCCCGGCGCAGGAAUGUACCGUGCCGUACCUAUCGUGCGUUCGGGGUUUGCCCUUUCGGCACCAGAUGCCAUUUCCUUCAUGUCGAGGGUGGCUCUGAAUCAGACGGUGGGGAGGAAGAGCGAACCUGGCCGUCUCCGUCACAAUCCCAAGAGUGGAAGCCUCGCGGUGCCCUCUGUCGCACCUUUAGCGCUUUUGGUUUCUGUCUGUAUGGCACCCGUUGCCGGUUCCAGCAUGGGCUUCCCAAUACAAUCAAAGGCGUCAACUUGAACCGCACAUCCUGGCCUCAUCAGAUGCCCAACGGCGGAUCGAUUUCGCCAGUCUCGGACAUGUGUUCGUCUCCAUCUCCGCCUCCAUCUGCUUUGGCCUCGCCGGUGUUCCCCGACGGCUCUGGUCCGAUCACGCCACCGUCAGUGGAAGCGGUGGCCAACAAUGCGUUCACCUUCAGCAGCCAACAUCUGAAUGACCUGCUGCUACCUCUGGCCCUCAGGCUCCAGAUGUUGGAGAAAGCUACCAAUGCUGGUCCUCAAGACGCUCUAGUGUGAAUCCUGUGGUGGGAUCCCAGAAGUUAACCGCUAUAAACUUUUAACUGUGACUAAUGUGCCAAAUUUAUAUUUAACCUGUUUUUAUUAGUA